CUCUAUAUUCAAAAGACCACUGUUGUAAGUGUAUCCUCCUCAUUGUGAAAACAAUACUGUAUAUGACAGGAGUAUGUGAUAGAGUAUCUUGUGUCUGGUUUUAGUUUUUGGAACGGUCAUUCAUUGAUGCCCAUUCAAAAUCAUAGAGGUCGAACUUCCCUCCUUCCUAAAAUAUUCAAGCUCAUCUUUCCAAGCACAGCUUGAAUUACAGUAUCUUCUAACCAUGCAGAAAAUCAAUUAGCACAGUUUGCGUUGGUGAGGGCUUUGACAGCUGUAAAGCAGAGCAGCGUAGCAGACUACAAAAUACAAAAUCACCACUGACAUGUACUUUAGUGUUUUGAUUUUUCCAGCCAUGAGGCCUCGGGCCAACGGGCAGGAAGGAAGUCUGGUCAAAGGGCUCGCAGUUCUGACAGUCUGGGUACACCAUGCUGUGCUCUAGAGGAUGUUGCAUGUUUAACACUUCCAUAAAGACGUCUGGCAACCCUGACAGCACAACUAAAAUGAAUGUUGCCUAUUUCAUCCAAAUGACAUCAAAUCAAACUCUUAAAUAGUGCAAACAUUAUGUCCUUUUUGACAUGUAUGCAGUUCCUUAAAGGUUAAUUAAGAUUUGACACAGUGUCUGAUAAGUCAAAUGAAAAUGGGACAAGACAUGGUGUCUCUCAGCUAUAUGCUACUAGCCCCUCCAGGACACUGCUGCCUAUACCAGGAAAUUGCAAACAGAGCCAGUACAUUUUUCUUGCAACUGUAUUUCACUGUUUUAUGUGAGUGAAACCUGACUUGGCAAAUAGUGUAAUCACAAAUCAGGGAACAGAUGAGGAAGUCUUCUCUCUCUGAGACCCUGCAGUGAUACGACAUAGGCCAAAGUAAUUCAGAGAGGAGAUAUGCAUCACACCAAGUUCACAUCACGUGACAAUAUGGAACACAAUAGAACAUGAAACUGCUCAGUCAGUUAUCCUUUAACUAAACCUAUGACAAAACCAGAUCCUUUAUCAGACUAAACUUUACUACUGCCCAAAAUCAAAAACUUACUUUCCAAUUUCUUCAUUACAUAAAUUAAAAAUAAAUGCUGUAAGAAAACUAUUGCAUCAAGAUGGUCAUUUUGCCUCAAUGUGCAUCUUAUUGCAGAAAUUUCUGUAUAUAGGAAAAACAAAACCUUACUACUACAUCUUACAUCUUGUAAUACUUCACAGUAUCUUACACAUACUGAAUAUGGGUGAAAAUGGUGCACUUAUCUCAGCCCCCUCCCACACUUAUAUCCUCAAGGUAUUUAUUUUCCAGAAACCACGAAAGCUACUAAAUACAUGAGUUUCCUAUAUAUUAGCUUUUUUACAGCCACAGUCUCAGGGCAUGUAGAGAUAAACAUAAAUAAAUAGAUGCUAAAUUUAAUCACAGAUCCAAUCAUACAUUCAAUCAUUACACCCAACACAAUGCAGUACAUAUAAAUAAUUAGAGCUGGAACAAUCAGUUGAUUGAUCCAUUGGCUGAUCAAGAGAAAAAUGUUGAUAAUCAAUGAAACAGUUUCGGUCUCUAAAGCCAAAAUGCCAAUUAUCUGGGUCCACUCUAAUAUUACAAUAUGUUGUUCUUUUUAUUUUUAUAAAAUUAUGAAAAAUGUAACGCCUUUUUAAACAAUUUUGAAACUUUUCAUAGACCUGAUUAUGAAACACGCCAUCGUCCUGCCAACAGUGUUGGCGUCAGGACAGUUCCUGUGGUUUUUACUUUCUGACUCAUUGUCAACUAAGUGGACACUUGUAACACGAAUCCUUCGUUAAUUCGAGGGAUAAAUACCAUUUGAAAGUGAAGCAUCUUGCUCGAUAGACAGACAAGCUUUCCAGAAAGACAAGAAAACCUAACGUUAUGUAAUGUGGGGUGUCCUGGAAAGUCAGCUUAAAAUUUUUGUUGAGAGUGGAGAAAAUGUAUGUUUUUCCAAGAAUUUCUCUGAAGCCUGGAGUUACUGAACAUCUGAAGAGUGUUUUCCUAAACAAGGAGGUAUUAGCUGCAGUUGGUCAUGAGGCGGCAGAAAGUCGUUUCCAGAAGCUGCUCUCAUGUUUGUCACACCCCCCUUCAUACACUUGUGUUCGGGCCAGCACUCAUCUUGCUUCCUUGGAGGAGAUCAGACAUAAACUGGGAGAAGAGCUGCAAAAUCAGAUGCACAGCUUGCCAGUAGAAGAGGUCUCCCUUCAGAUCCUUCUACACCCACUAAUUCCAGAUGUGCUGCUCCUUCCUGUCAUUGGUCCGAGACUUGUGAAGCAGCUCAGUUCAGAGGUGGUGGUCAGUGCUCAGUGUGGCAGUGCAGUUCUGAGAGGCGCUCAUGUCUUUGCCCCAGGAAUCCUCUCCAGCCCAAAGUACAUGAAAGCAGGGGAUGAAGUUUCUGUCUUCUCUGACCUGGAGGGAAAGUGCACCAGAGGAGCCACGAGCUUUCAGGGGAGGAAAGUGUUUUUGGGAAAUGGAGUUGCUGAAAAGGACCGCUCCAGCAUCUUCUGCACAGAUGAACCUGCCAAAGGCAUUGCUGUGCGGAUGGUAGAGCCACUUUACCAGAGUCCUUCAUUUGCCGGUGUUCUACCCAGCCUGGCCUUCCUACAGAACCUUCCCUCUGUGGUUGUGGGACACGUGCUCGGGGCUCAUCCUGGAGAACGCAUCCUGGAUAUGUGCGCCGCACCUGGCGGGAAGACUUGCCACAUUGCUGCACUCAUGGGGGACCAGGGUGAGGUUGUGGCCCUGGACAGGAACAGGAAUAAGAUUGAUCGAAUCCAUCAAAAUGCCCAGAUGCUGCGUUUGAGCUGUGUUAAAGCUUAUUGCUUUAAUAGUACUCAGGCUGUGAGCAGUGAUCCAGUGCAGAAGACUGAAGGGCCUCCCUUCCCUCCUGAAAGUUUUGACCGGGUUCUAUUGGACGCUCCCUGUAGUGGCCUCGGACAAAGACCCAUCAUGGCCAGCACCUGGAGUCUCAAGGAGAUCUGCUCCUACCAGCCUCUGCAGCGCAAGUUGUUCCGUGCUGCAGUGCAGUUGUUGAAGAGAGGUGGGGUUUUGGUGUACAGCACCUGCACAGUAACUCUAGCAGAGAAUGAGGAACAAGUAGCCUGGGCCCUUGAUAGCUUUCCCUGCCUCACGCUUCAGCCUCAGGAGCCUCACAUCGGUGCAGAGGGCAUGCUGGGAGCCGGCCUGUCACCUGAGCAGCUGCGCCUCCUCCAGAGAUUUAGUCCUGAGCUGAGCUGGGACCACACAGAAACGACAACUCCCCUGCCUUGCAGAGCCAGCACAGACACUAUCGGCUUUUUUAUUGCCAAGUUCCUGAAAAAGUGACCGCAGGGCAUGUUUCACAGCGCUCACAUGAGACUGCAGACGGGAGCAACAGUGUUUACGCUAUGAUGCUCAGUGUGCUUUGAGUGUUGACAAAGACGCUGACUGUGCUGUUUACAGCAUCUGUCUUUUAACAGCUGAUCUCGAAAACUGCCGGCCAUAUAGGGAUUAGCUCUGUAAACACACAGAGAGAGGCAAGGUGGGGGCAUGUGGGGAUGGAGACUGAAUGAGUACUGGCAAAUGCAGCAGUGCUAGCAUCGCCAUAACAACGGUGACGACACAGCUGCCAUGGUGACAGUAGAUCAGGAAGUAGCGUGCAGAAAGAGGUCACGAGAAUUAACAAUUUAGUGUCUUUAAGUAGCAGUGGAGACAAUUGGCACUUCUGCUACCUCUACAGGAGAAAUUAUGUCAAAUGAGUCAAUUCUUUUUAUUAUAAAAAUACAUUUAAAUUUUGUUCCUCUCUUUUUGUCUGCAACUGAACAUUUACUGAUUAAAUGUUGGUUUAAUUUAGUGCUUAGCACAAUACUCAUCCCUAAUGUGCUUUCACGUGUUCAGAUCCUUUACUUGAAAAAUCUGAAAAUACAUUACAAGAAAACAUCCUGAAUUCAAAAUCCCUCUUAAAAGAAAUGCAUGUACUUUGGGUAUCAAAAACAAAGCUACUCAUUACACAGCACUCUGUGCUCCAGGAUAUUAUGAUAGUAUUUUUCUGAUGUUUUAUAAACCAAAGAUGAAUGAAUUCAUCAAGAAAAUAACUGAAAGAUAAACAAUAUUAUAGUUAGAUGCAGCCAGCCCUAGGUUUUAGUUGUUCUAGUUUACUGUGCGUAAGCCUCGACAGAGGAGAUUUGUACCUGCUUACAGUAGUUUUGAAUGCUAAAUAGGGGCACAAAGUGUUCCCACUAAUUUAUUCAGUGUAGAUUGAUAAAGUGUGCCCAUUGUGCACACAGCAUAACAUUGACUUUCAAAAUAACCUGAGAUUUUUUAAAUGAUAAAAGUACAUUUAAAAGUUUGUCUCUUCGUGUCAGACUAGUAGAACACACUGCACUGCACCUCCCUUCAUUUAACUGAAUGGAGGGGUAGACUCCUCACUGUAUUUGCUGUAGCACUGAAAGUUUUGACAUUUUAUUUCUGUUUAGCAACAUCAAAUUCCUGAUCAGCUGCGUCUCUGGCAGUGCCUGUUUGUUUUGGAGGCAUCUGUGAAUAGAGAAGCAGCAUCCUUAUUUAGAUGCAUCCCCUCAGUACUGUCAUUUAACUCAGUGUUGUCAUGACAACUCAAGAAGCAGGCUGGUGGGAGCAUCUCAAUUUUUCAGUAGCAUUUCAGAUGUCUAUUUAUAGACACCACUUCCCUCCCCUGUCUGGGUCUUCUGGCAAAGCACACACAUCAAAUUCCCCUGCCCCCCACGCCAGUCCUUUGUUGCCGACUUUAUUCUGUAUAUUUAUGCAUUAUGUACACUGUUAAAAAUCUGUAGUGCUACCAAUGUAGCAUAGCAAUGGAGAUUUUUUUUUUUUUUUAUAUAAUUACAAUUGUCAGGUGAGGAGACGGGGCUGGUGGUUUGUAAACCGAAGCUUGUGGACUAGUUUUAAGGAUCAAGAAGUAAUACAUUAAAUCAUCGAGAAUGUGACUUUAACAUCACUUGUAUCUUAAAGUUCAGGUGUCGAACAUGAAACGCCUUCAAUUUGCAUUACAUCAAUCCUGUGUAUUAGUCAGGGGAGGUACAGAUGUCAAAAAUACAGAAAACCAAUCUAUCUUCCUCUGGUAAACUUUUCACAUUAUUUAAGUUGGGUUUGCAAAUGCAUAUUUUAAGUUAAUGUGAGGAACAUACUAAAGAAAUAUCCUAAAAUGAACAUUCUUUAUACUCUGCAGUCCGUAGAAAAAAGGGGUCAGGCAGUCAGACUUAUUAAAAGACAAACCUUCAGUAAGUUUUAGUAGUGGACCACAUCAAAUGGCUUUCACUUGAGAGCAAUGUGAAUCAGUAAUAGUGCAGAACAAAGGAGGUAUUAACGUUAUACAAUGUUUCUGAGCCCAUACAAAAAGAACAGUGCUGCUUGUAAAAGAGGAAGUUACUGUGGAACUCGUCUUGUUUCGGAGGCACCGAUAUGCCAGAACCAAAUGUCUAAAACUCUGGGUACACAAUGAAGAGA